AAAUCAAAGUUAAGCAGAAAAAAAGUUGACCAAAACAUAGACAUGAGGUUGACAUCUAAACUCUGCAAUAUUUCUUGAUACUUUGUAAGGUAGCAACAGCCAUGUUUGGCUAUAUGACAGAGCUGUCCAGCAUUGAUAUUGCAAGAACUGUAGAGGUCACAGCUGAAGGUGAUGACAUGAUAGGCUUACUAUUCCAUUUCCUUGAUGAGUUCCUCUUCCUGAUGUGCGAUGAUCCAUACUUUAUUGUAAAGGAGGUUGAAAUUUUAGAAUUUGACAAAGAUAAUUUUAAGAUAAGAGCUGUAGGGAGAGGUGAAGAUUUUGACCUUGAGAAACAUCCACAGGGGACAGAGGUUAAGGCCAUAACCUACUCCAACAUGCAAGUACAUGACAACGAUGACAAGCAUGAAGUCUACGUCAUAAUUGAUAUCUAAAUACUUGAGAUCAGAAGUGCAUCUUUUGCAAUACAACAGUGGACUUCACAUCAAGAUUUAAUUCCUAAAAGAACUCAGGAACUGAAAAUCUGGCCUGGUUCAACCAGUCCUAUCAGAUGAUCAAGGAACUGAGUGGUGCAAUGCAAGCAAGAUCAUUCUUUUCUCUACAACAAAUUCUAUGUUUUGCACUCUAACCAACUAUCCAUGAUAGCACAAUGCAAAUUUUUAAAACUGAAGGUUUUUUUAACUGAAAUCUUAAAUGCAAGAAGACAUUUCACUUGAAGUUAUAACUGCUGCCUACAUCUCUUGAUUCCCUCCCCCCCUGCCCUCUCCAAAAAAACAGACGAACAAGCUAAGAAACAAAGUAUACAGUUAGAGCUUUAAAAAGCCAAAUUACUGGUAUUUUAAGAAAAAUGAUGAAUCCCCAAAAUAGUAGUAAUUAAGAAUUCAAUUAAUGAAACAGAACAACUAGGCAUGCUUUGCACAUGGGUCGAACAUCACACAUCCUGAUCCAAUCUUAUUACCUAUACCCUUUUUCGAGAUGACCAUGUCGUCAAUUUAAGGCCAAAAUAAGUAGCCCUGUCACCAACCCGAUGCAUGCCCUUCUCUUAGCUUUGAGGCCCUCUAAAAAGGUCCUCUAAUUGAAAAGAGUGUUAUCAAGUCGUAGGGUCCUGAGAAGAGGCUCCUUGAAAAUGAGCAGGAACAAAAUCCAAAUGUCACGUUUAGCCCAGCAUUGUGAUGAUAUCAUGUUUGUUAGCAUAUCUUGUGUUGGCAUGGACAUGUCCUGGAUCUGCACAUUAAAAGUGAUUUCAGGAGGAGGUUGA